UAAUCGUCCAAGUGAUGAUUUUGAUUGCGAAUUUUAUGUCAAUGAGGAUGAAAGCUAUACAACAAGUAAAGAUCAUAGAAAUGCCUUGCUUAAGCUCAUGGAGAUAAGUAAAGUUUGGUUAAACAAUAAGCAAAGACCCUUAGUAUAUAUGGGCAAUUCAAGGACAACAAGAUGGCGACGUGAGGUUUUUUUUAAAAAGGCUGCAUUGCAAAUGCCAACUCUUGAGACUUUUUUUGGAGUAACCCGAGAAAAAAUAUCUGUUAAUAAAGCUUCUAUUAUUGAGUCAUUAGAGGAAUGUGAAUUCGAAGAUAUUGAUGAAAUUGAUGAGAAUGAGGAACAAGAAAAGGAUUCUUUAAAAAAUCGCAAUUGUAGACCUUCAAAAAGAUAUUCAAUAACAAAACUCACCUGUUCUCAAACUACGCCUUCAGGCUAUGUUUUAAUAUCUUAA